AUGGCAGUCACAGGUAUCUCAAGCCAGACAGUUGAGGCUCCGACAGCCUCGACCGACAAUAUUGAGAAGCAGCCCUCAACAGACAACAUUAGCCGUGAGUUCUCAGAUGAUGGAAAGCCCGACGACGCCUCCGAGCGUAAACAGGAUGGUGUCCGGCAGGUCGAGGCCAUUACCACUGUAUGGUCUAAACAAAUGCUGGUCGUUAUGUUUUGCCUGCUCUACCUCGUCACAUUCUGCGACAAUCUACUGCAAGGGGUUCAAUCGAACCUGACGCCGUACGUGACUUCAGAGUUCUCUCAGCACGGCCUCCUCGCGACCACCAGCAUAGUUGCUUCGGUCCUCGGCGGAGUAUCCAAUCUCGCCAUUGCCAAGAUCAUCGAUAUUUGGGGUCGCUGCGAGGGCUUUCUCGCCAUGUUACUUCUCGUCGUGGUCGGCAUUAUCAUGAAGGCAACGUGCCAGAACGUCGAGACCUAUGCCGCGGCGCACACUCUGUACUGGGUCGGCCAUCUAGGAUUGGUGUACGUCAUCUCAAUCAUUCUGGCCGAUACCACGACCCUGAAGAAUCGUGCCAUUAUUCUUGGUCUCAACUACACUCCUACCAUCGCGACGACAUUCGCCGGCCCCAGGAUCGCCGACUUGUUCUACACCAAUGUCAACUUCCGAUGGGCUUUUGGAGCUUUCCUCAUCAUUCUCAUUGCCUUCUGUGCCCCUGUCGCUGUCAUCUUCAUCCUCAGUAAGCGCAAGGCUGUGAAGAUGGGCGUGUACCCCGUGAGAGAGGGAAACCGAACUGUUUGGGAAUCGUGCAAGUACUACUUUGUGCAAUUCGAUGUCGUUGGCAUGCUGCUCACUGUCUUCGGGUGGUCAUUACUGCUCUUGCCCUUCAAUCUCGCGUCCACGGCUCCAAAGGGUUGGGCGACUGGCUAUAUUAUCGCCAUGAUCGUCCUCGGAGUGCUGUGCUUAGCAGCAUUCUUCAUCUGGGAGAAGUACUUCGCCACCGUGGCGUAUCUACCCUUUAGGUUCCUAAAGGACCGGACCAUCAUUGGCGCUUGCCUGCUGUACGGAAUCAUGUUCCUCUCUAUCUUCUGCUGGGAUGGAUAUUACGGGUCGUACCUGCAGGUUGUUCACAACCUCAACAUUACGACGUCCGGCUACGUGCUCAACUCGUUCUCGCUAACAUCUGCCUUCAUCAUGCCUAUAACAGGUGUCUUAAUCCGCCUAACCGGCCGCUACAAGGUCGUCUCGUACGCAGGGAUUCCCUUCUGCGUCCUCGGCACCGCCCUGCUCAUCCACUUCCGAACACCCAGCUCCGCCGUCGGAUACCUCGUCAUGUGUCAAAUGUUCAACGGCAUCUCGAGUGGCAUCUGGGUGUCGACCGGCGAACUCGCCGUGCAGGCCUCCGUCAGCCAUCAGGAAAUCGCCGUCGCGAGCGCGAUCUUCGGCAUGUUCGGGUCCAUUGGUGCCGCUAUCGGGCUCGCCAUCGCGGGCUCCCUGUGGACCAACGUGCUUCCCGUCCAGCUGUACAACCGCCUCCCCGAAGACGCCAAGGGCCUCGCCGCCGAGAUCUACGGUUCGAUUGUCGUUCAGAAGUCGUACCCGAUGGGGAGUCCGAUCAGGGAUGCGAUUAUCGCGGCGUAUGCGGAUGUGCAGAGGAAGAUGGUCAUUGCGGGCGCCUCGUUUAUUCCGAUUCUGUUGGUUUGUAUCAUGGUUUGGAGGAAUGUCAAUGUCAAGAAGCUCGAGGAGAUUCAUGGGAAGCAGGUCAAGGGUACUGUCUGGUAA